AUCCAAGUCUGUUGAGUAUCUAGAUAACACAGACUAGUAUUCAAAACAUCACAAACUAGUAUCCAGAUAGCAUAUACCAACUAAUAUCCACAAUCAACCAACUAGUAUUCAAUAUGGAUACUCUUAUGUGUUAUCUGGAUACUCUUGUGUGUUAUCUAGAUACUAAUUAUGUGUUGUAUGGAUACUAUUAUGUGUUGUUUAAAUAUUAAUUUGUGAAUUUGGGAUAAUAGUUGAUUCAUGGUGGAUAUAAGUUAGCAAACUUUGAAUACUAGUCUGUGUUCUCUAGAUACUUUAUUACUUGGAUACUAGUUCAUGUAUUUUAGAUAUCAGUUAGUAUCUGCUAACGAAUCUUCAAGUUAGCAGAUUAACUUUCCCCCGGAGGAAUUAAUUGGAGACAAAUUGGAGAGAAUUAUUUGGACGGGUAAAUGCCACAUUUGGUCAUUGAGAUUACUAAAUCAUAUCAUGUUUAGUCACUAGAAAAUUUUAAUAUCAAUUUUGGUCACUUGAAUUACUGAAAUAUAUCACAUUUAGUCACUAUCCCAUUAGUUUCUGUCCAACUCCAUUAAUUGAGUUGGACGGAAACUAAAUGGAGAGUGACUAAAUGUGACAUGUUUUAGUAAUUCGAGUGACCGGAGUUGGACAGAUGCUACAGAAGAGUGACCAAAUGUGACAUGUUUCAGUAAUUCGAGUGACCAAAAUUUAUAUUAAAUUUUUCUAGUGACUAAGCAUGACACGAUUUAGUAAUCUCGGUGACCAAAUGUGGCAUUUACCCUUAUUUGGACGGAACGAAUUCUUUGGGGGAGAACAGCAAGCGCUGCGUGCGCGGGAAACUUCUUUGAAGCAGCAGCGCAGGCGACUUGCAAAGGGACAGAGGGCAGGAGAGAUCACGUGGAGCUACGACCAGCGAAUACGGAUCGUGACCGUCGUUUGUCUCCUCCGAGUAGCUUCUUCUCUUUUCCUUGGAUUAGUAUUGUGAACAAUAAAACUAUCGUUAUAUUUUUUGAUUUCGUCAUGAACUAAACCCCAAUAUCUGGGGGGUGGGGGGUGGGGGGGGGGGGACACCAUAGGAUGUAGUUAUUUCUAGAUUUGAUGGAUUGAUUCAUAUUUCUCUUCUUCCAAUCUCUAUUGCAUGGAAUUGCUUAAUGCUUUGUGUUGACUCGCCACCAAUACAUCGAUUUGUAGUUAAUUAGGUUGUUAGUGACAGUGAAGCCCUAAUAAAUGAACCUAUUUCACGUGACAUAGUAACUUAUCGAAGCGACAGUGGAUUAAAUAAGCUGUUAUGCGGUCGUGAUUGGGAUAUCGGUCUUCAGGCUAAAUAAUUAAUUCAUUGAGCUACGACGGUAGGAUUUGAAUUAAUUGUUUAGUACGUAGUAAUUCCCGACAGGGAUAGCUAGCACAUUCGUGAUAUCCUAACUGUAGAGAAUUGGAUUAAACCGAUUAGAAUAUAUGAAUUAAUUUGGA